CAAAAUUUUCUAGUUUCUUUCGUUUUGAUUUGUUUUCCAAAGGGUUUUUUCUUGGCCUAAUUCUGUGUUGGGUUUCAUUUGCAGGACUUGUUCUGGAGUAAAAUUCUCUUGGGCUUUUCGUAUAAAACGAUUUUUACUUCGUUUCUCCACCUUACAUUUAAGUUAUUGUGAUUCUCAGAGAUCUUCCAUUGUUUCCAUUUGAUUAUACAUAAAUUAUUCUCUUCUCCUUCUUCUUGUUCGUCUCCUUCUUCCCAUUGAUUUAAUCUAAAAUGUCGUACUCUCCUAAUCAGAGAUUUGUUAGCAGCAGUAGAAAGUCGAAUCUGCUGCCAAAUAAUUUCUCUGCAGAUCCCAAAAUGAGGAGAAAACUUCGUAUAAUCUGUUACGAUCCUGAUGCAACUGAUUCAUCUUCAAGCGAAGAUGAAGGAGAAAUAUAUGCAAGAAAAUUAAACCGAAUCGUACAUGAAAUCCACUUGCCUCCGCUGAAAAAGUCUCUUGAAUCCGAGAGUUCUCAGUACAGCAACAAUGAAAACAAAAUCCCCAAGUUUAAACAGUCGAAGGCUCUGUUCAAAAACCCUUCCACUCGACGACCAUCGUCUUCCAAAUACAGAGGUGUCAGACAGAGAUCUUGGGGAAAGUGGGCGGCUGAGAUUCGAGAUCCUUUUAAAAGAAGCCGUGUCUGGCUUGGUACUUACGAUACUGCAGAAGAAGCUUCUCAAGCUUAUGAAGCGAGGAGGCUACAGUUUGAAGCUAUGGCGGCGGAAAUGGCUGUUGAAGAAGAAGGCAAAGGGACUGGAUCUUCAUCUACCCCUGUUUCUUCGGAAAGUACGGCGGAGACCACCGUGUCUCAUACAUCGCCGUCGUCGGAUCUUGAAUGGGACGAUUCAACUUUGCAAAGCCAUGAUUUGAAAGAGGGAUCAGAGUCGAUCAAAGAAGAAACAGACAGCAAUAUGAACUAUAUUGGUAAUCCGUUUAUGGAAGAAAUUAACAUGGGAAUUGAUUUUGAUUCGAUUCUGGCAGAUGGAAUCGGGAUGUUCUUGGAGGAUUUUGCAAGUUUGGAGAACACCCAGAUUUUUGGGCUUGCUGACGAUGAACCCAGUGGCCUUCCAAAUUGGGAUUUUGGUGAUUUUGGGAAUGAUGAUAUUUCUUGUUGGCUUGAUGAUUCCAUCAACAUUACAUGCCCUUAAAAUUUUUUGCAGCUUAGGAGUUUUGUUCAUUGAGAAUGCAGUUUUAAUUUUGUUUUUUGUUUUUUUUGUUUUUUUGGAGUGACAAUGAGAGAGAGGCCUUUUGGGUUUUUUCUGUGCUGUUAGAGCCGUCCAAGCGGUGAUCUUCUCUGGAAUAAGAGAUUUUCUUAUCUCUUCGAAUUUGGUGAAUCAAUUUUUGGGGAUUGUGCUAGCAAUCUCAUUAUAACUGCA